CAGUCGCUUUUUGGUGUUCGAGGCGAGCAGUCGUGGCGCGCACGCGUAGCAACUGGCACACACAAAGUAAAUUCGAAAACGAAAAGGAAGAGGAAGAGCUGCUGAUCGGUUGACGGGCAAAUUAAAGUUUGAAACGAUUUUUCAGUUACACGCGAGCGCUCCAGCGAAUCGGUUAUAGAGCUGCAGCGAAGUCGCAAUCGCAAUAAAUUAUUUGCGUGCAAUUUCUUAUUGCAAUUUCGGUUUUUUUCACGAGCUGGCUGCCGUCGCCGCGCAUUGUCGCGUUUGUUUUUUCUUGAGUCGCUGGCGCAGCGCAGCUAGCAAAGUUCUUUUUGCGCGGCAGCCGUCGUCGCUUGUCGCCUGCGUCGCAGUCGCAGUUGAAUUUUCAAUAAACGCGUUUUCUUUUGGCACGCUGCGUGGGCGCCCUACCAUGCGUCUGGCUGCCUCUCAGACUGUGUCUCUGUGUGUGUGCGCGUACUUGUGUGUUAGUGUGCAUUAGUUAAUGUGUAUGUGUUGCUAAUUAAAACAACAACAACAACCACAUCAAUAACAACAACAACAACGACUGCAGUCGCAGCAGCUAGAAACGAGAAACGAUAACUUUGACGCAAGCCAAACAAAGUGCUAUCGAUAAAUGCAAUUAAGCUCAUUCACAAAUUGGAGCAGCCAAAGCAACAACAACAACAACAACGACAAGAGCAACAGGUGUUGGGCUGCCAUUUUAAUAACAAUUUAGUUUUUUUUUAUUUUUCGGUGAUUCAGCGCACGAGGGGCGUUUCGGCAUGACGGAAACUGUUUAGUUAUUCAAUGCGGCAAUCAAGUCCAAGUCCAAUUCCAACUCCAAGAACUGAGAACCUUUGCAACGAGCCGCUGCUGAAAUCGAUCGAUCCAAUUGCGUCCCGACGAGCGGCGUGACAAACUGCGAGCAUAGCUCGUCACCCUCCCCCCCACACUCACAUUCAACACUCCCACCGAUCACCGAUCAACCCAAACAUACAAACAUGGACUCACGCAUCGGUCUGGAUUAUAUAGUCGAGAAUCGUGACUACAUUGCCAAGUUGGGCACUGCCCUAUACACGCAGAAUGCGACGGUCAAGAAGCAGGUCUUCGAGCUGCUGUCAGCGCUCUGCGCCUACAGCCCCGAUGGCUAUGCCCGGGCCAUCGAAACCCUCGACUUUUACAAGAAUCUCAAGAAGGAACGAUAUCGUUUUAAAAUUGUCAUAAAUGAGCUGGAACAGUCGAGUGCCGCCACAGUGCCGCCAUUGGACUAUCAAGCCACGCUCCUGGCCUUCAUCAACUGUGUCAUCAUCUCGGAGCCAAAGCUACAGGAACGCAUCCGCAUACGCAACGAGUUUAUUGGCCUCAAAGUGCUGCCGCUGCUGAACAAUCUAAGAAAAGUCGCACAGAGUGUGGGCGAUAUCAUCGUACAAUUGGACGUAUUCGUGGAGCAACAGGAAUGCGACGAGGCCCAGAGUCCAGGCUGGGCGCCCGAUGGCAUCAAUCUGAAUUCGCAUCUUGAUGUCUUUUACGCGAUACUGCGACAGGUGGCCGACAAGCCGCAAGAGGGUCCAUUCCUCAGCAUACUGCAGCAUCUGCUGCGCGUUGACUCCCGCGAGCCGCUUAGCGAUGUCAUCUGGGACACUUGCGAGCGUCUCGUGCAUCGCGCCACCCUCAUCGAGUCGCCCGACGAUGCAGUGCGCCUGCUGCGCCAACAAUCCGCCCAGAAAUUCACGUGCUCCGCAUGUCGAGCCAGCGAUGCCACAAGUCCAACGCGCAAACCUGCGCAGCCCGCACAGAAUGCCGCCAAGCCACCGCCGCCACCACCGCCGAUGGCACCAGCAGCGCCCGCUCCACCGCCACCGCCGCCGCCCAUCAUGAACGGUGGUCUCACGGUGAACGGACACGGUCCAGUACUGCCACCGCCACCGCCACCUCCGUCCAUGUCGCGACCACGCACUCCAAUGCAGCCGGUGGCAGCGGCGCCAGUGCCGACGGUUGUACUGCUGCCACAGCAGGAUACGCCGGCGCCCAAGGCGAAGAUGAGGACAAUUAACUGGGGCAUGAUAUCGCAGAGCAAGGUGCUGAUGAACAACGACAACAUCUGGAGCAACAUGGCCACACAGCAUCGCGACUCUAGCCAAAAGGACAUUGAUUUUAUCGAGCUCGAGGAUCUCUUUCAAUUGCAAUCCACCAGCGGACAAGGUUCACCCAAGCUGGGCAGGGAUACCAGUGGCAAUCAGUCGUCCAGCGGUUACGAUACGCUCGAUCGCAAGUCCAAAAAGGAGGCGGAGAUCACGUUGCUCGAUGGCAAACGCAGCCUGAAUGUGAACAUCUUUGUGAAGCAGUUUCGCAGUGGCCAUCAGAAUAUCAUUCAGCUAAUCAAGGAUGGCGUGCACGAGGAGAUUGGCGCAGAGAGAUUGCGGGGACUGCUCAAGAUACUGCCCGUCAUGGAUGAACUGGAUCUGCUGAAGAGCUUCAACGGCGACAAGACGCGUCUGGCCACGGCUGAAAAGUUUCUGCUGCAGCUGCUCGAGGUGCCCAACUACAAACUGCGCAUUGAGAGUAUGUUGCUCAAAGAGGAGUUUGCCGCCAAUGUUGCGUAUCUGGAGCCCUGCAUCAAUGCCAUGCUCUACGCUGGCGAUGAUCUGCUGAACAGCAAAGCGCUGCAGGAGUUGCUCUAUUUGCUUGUCGUCGCGGGCAAUUUCCUCAACUCUGGCGGCUAUGCGGGUAAUGCUGCGGGAGUUAAGCUCUCCUCGCUGCAGAAGCUCACGGACAUCAGGGCCAACAAACCGGGCAUGAAUCUCAUACACUUUGUGGCCCUCCAAGCGGAGCGACGCAAUCCCGAGUUGCUGCAGUUCACCGCGCAGCUAAACACGCUCGAAAAUGCCAGCAAAACAACCAUGGAGCAGAUCAACAGCGAGAUUAGCACGCUGGAAAAUCGCAUAACCAAGAUCAGCAACCAGAUUGAACAGCCCGAAACGGAUGCGGACAUCAAGCAGCAGAUGCUGGACUUUCUGCUGGCCGCAAAGUCGGAGUUGUCGGUGCUGAAGGAGGGCAUGAAGCAGGUGGAUGCGUUGCGUCUCAAGUUGGCCGAGUUCUUUUGCGAGGAUGCGGGCACAUUCAAGCUGGAGGAGUGCUUCAAGAUCUUUCAGAAUUUCUGUGAUAAGUUUCGGCAGUCAAUCAAAGAGAACGAGAAACGAGUGCAGCAGGAGCAGCAGGCGACUCUGCGACGCAAACAGCGCGAGGAGCAAAUGGCCAAGCGAGCCAGGCAGCUGGGUCAGGCAGGCACGCCUGUCUCCGACUCAGACUCAUUUCUGGGCGACGGUUUGUUCGAUCCGCGCGCCAGUCCCGCGCUAAGCAGACGCCAGCUGGGCUCAGGAGAGAUCACCAAUGGCUUCAUACGCCUCGAGCAGGACAGCAGCGCCUCGCCAGACAUUACACCCAAUGGAAGUCUGCGUCGGCGACCGAGUCGUGUGCUGGCCGGAGAGGAUGAGCUCAUGGAAUUCCUGCGCCGCUCCACAGGACCUUAUGAUGGACACGCUAGUCGCGAUCGCAAAGUUGCCUACGGCAGUCUAGAUCGCUCCAUAGGCAGACGAGCUCGCUCCGGCAGCUCGAGUCGCAAGCGUCCGGAACUGCUCAACAUUGAUUUUGGCGUCGAUCGCGAACGCGCCUGCUCGCCAGCUCCUUUGCUGCAGCCCCAGCCUCAACAGCAGCAGGAUCGCCUGCAGUCGCCCUUGGCCAGCAGCGGCACGGGCACGCCCACAACCACAGCGAAUACACCAGUCAGCAAUGGCCCCACAACAACCAUUCACAUUCAGUCACAGCAUCCACAACAGCAACAGCAGCAGCCGCCCACGACAACAGCGCACGAGGAUGCGAAACCGAGAAUAUCCCGUGAAUGGCGCCAGAAAAUCGAGACUUGGCUGCAGUCCAACGAAAACGAUGAGAAACAGAACGAGGAAUACAAGCGGAAACGUCGCCUGGUAAAUGCGAAUCGGCGAUCGCUCGAAAACGAAUCUGAAAACGAACGAAAACUGGAUCCAUUGCCAGAAGAGAAGAUAAUGCCAGCAACAACAUCGACCACAACAACGGCAACAACGACGCCAACUAAUCCAACUAAUCAACACCACAAGCAACGAGAUCAGGAGACGCACAAAACUGCUGACAAAUACCAGCGAGUCUAUGCGGACUGGAAGCCAUCAAGCACACUGGACAACACCGAUGUGGUGGGCAACAUUCAGGCGAUUGCCGAUGCCGCAACGAAGUCGCAACCACAUCUGACCACCGCCGAGGAGCUGCGUCAAUAUCGCCGCCAGCGAUCGCAGGAGCAGAGUCAAACUCCUGGCGUGUUGCACUCGAUAGCCGAGGAGGAUCGUCGCAAGUCCAUUAUACAGCUGCUGGGCGAAAGCGACGGCAGCGCCGAUUGCCUGAAGAUCUAUGUGCGACGUCCCUCCGCCAUGGACAUGAAACCGGAGCCAGCGAAGCCAAAGGAAGCGGCCCCAUCUGAAAAUAUAACAUCAUCGGCGCAUGAAGAUCCCUUUGCCAGUCUGUUGGAUCAUCACAAGAGUCACAACGAGUCACAGUAUGCGUCCAAGGAGAUUGAUGCGGACAACAUUGAGACGCCGCCAGUGACGCGACGUGUGCUGGCCACGCCCAACACCACAGUGGUCACCGUCAGCAUGACGGACAAGCCAAAGCAUCUGCCGGAGGAGAAGAACACGACAGCGAGCACCGCAGUCUCGACAGCGGAGUCGGAUGCACCAGGACACUUUGACAGACACGCUUCAGCAAGACGCACGCGACGUUACAAGCGACCCACGGACUACAGCAGCGGCAACGAAGAGCUGGCAACGUCAACCAACCAGGAGAUCAAGCAAUCAGCGAGCGCCAAUGAAGUGCGAAGACUGCAAAAGGAUGAGCAACAAAGGGAGCGUGAACGUGAGCGGGAGGAGCAGCCGGACAAGGCUCGCAACAUUACCAAGCUGGAGAAAGUGGGUCGCCACAUCAGCUCCAUCAACCAGGAAGAUGUGCGCGAAGCCAUACGCAAUCUCAAGUCACCAACGGGCACACCCGAGCGUCCCUGGAGUCCGCCACGCGAGCUGACGCCCAGCAAGCUGAAGCUAAGUGCAAGCGGACAUCACGAGCUCAACGACGAGGGCUUCGAGGAGACGCAGAGCCUGGUCUCCGACACGCCAUCGCAUGGCAAAGGCGAGAGCACCAACUCCUCCUGCAACGAGACUAAUGAUGCGCCCUCGCAGCAACGUUCGCGUCCGCUGUCGAAGCAGAAGACAACGACGACCAGCAUCAUGGGCAUGGGCAUGGGCAGUCGCCUCUCGGAUCGACUCCAGCAGGCGCGUCUCCGCGGCAGCUCCACAAGUGCGGCACCAGGAAGCAGACACAAUCCAAUGCCAGCCACACAAACUGCAUCCCAGUCAUCAGCAGCAGCGAGUGCAACAGCCAAGCGCAGCCUCUCGGCGAGUCGUCCGCUGCGCAUGCCCAACGGCAGCCCGAUGCUGGGUGCCACUCCCAACGGCAGCAUACGCUCCGCGUCGGGUGUGCGUCGCGAUCCCAGCUACGCGUUGAACGCACCCAAAUCCCGCGACGUCGAACGCAGCAGCUCCAGGAACAGCUUACGCUCGUCGCGCUCCUCCAUCAACAGUGCCGCCUCCACACAGACCGUGGUGCGUCGUCUGCCCUCAGUGCAGCGCACCGCCACCGUCUCCGUGGACUCCUCACCCAGCAAGCGUCCACUGGCAGCCCAAAAUGCACGUCCAGCCACAGCACGCGGUGUCCCAGCCAGUCGCAGCAGCAGCAGCGGUUCCAGUGUGGGUCCCAGUGUCAUCUUGGUGCGCAGCAAGCUCACGCCUGGCCAGACGACACGCAGUGCUCAGGCAGCGGGACAACCGUUGGGCAACAGCACAAGUUUCAAGGAGAAUCAAAGCACGAGCACAACGGCGGCAACAGCUUCGGCAUCCGCCUCACGACUGACAGCAGCGCGUAGUGCGAUGCUGGUGAAGAAUGUGCUGAAUCAGCAGGCGAAGACAAGCAGCAACAGCAGCAGUAGUAAUCCUCAGCAGCGCAAUCCUCGGCAAUCCGUCAGCAGCUUUAUGCGUCCCACGGCCAGCAGUGCCACGAAGCGACAGAAAUAAGUAAAAUACAACAAAACACAAUACUAUUUAGGGAAAGCUGAAAGACACAGAGAGAGAGUACAGUAUAAUUAUGUAUUAAGGAUAAGAAGGACUCGUCCAAGUUAACACAAGACACAAACGAGACAAAAACGAGGAACAAAGACAAGUUACAAAACGCAGACAAGCAUCUACUCUAAGCCGUCCAAGUAAACGACAUCAAAAGAAUAACAAAAUACAAACAAAUGACAAUUACAAUUAAAAUUAAAAUUACAACAAAACGUUUCGAAUUUCUAGGCAGGAUUUUGCACAAUAAACUCCACACAUACACACACACACAAACACGUAAACGCUCCAAGCGUAUGUUAUUUACCAAGUAGCCACUAGUUUAGUAUGGGUCCAACCAUGGGUCCGUUGAUUCCCAGCACAUUCCAAAGUAAUAAACGCCCCGUAAAACACCAAACACAAACAGAAACAAACACACAUCCAGAGAAACAGGUGCGCCCCGCCGUGGAGGACUCGUCACAAAUGUGUUUCAAAUGCGAAAGGUUUUUCAAAGCACUUUUCCAUCAGUUUCCAAGGACCUCUUACAUUCUAAUUGUUAAGCAUAAAGACAAAUAUCGUUGAAAAUUCUUAAUAUAUUUGAGCACAAAAUACACAUUUACAAAAAAAAAAAGGAUA